AUGUCAGAUAUCUCAAGGUCAAUUGAGAAUCAGUUACUUUCAGCAUGGAACGCCUUCCCAAACUUCAUUACUCAGUGGUCCUCAGUCUUUUGCUUCCCAUUCUUCAUCCUCCCUCAAUUAAUGCUUCGUAAAGAACAGAAGCUAGGCCUGAUCGGAGUCUUUUCUCUGGGCGCAAUUACGAUAACUGUCAACCUCACGCGCUUCAUCAUCAACAACACAGCCAGCUUUCAACUUGACGAUGCUUCCGGCAAUACGCUAUGCACAGCUGAGAUGACAACCGCUGUGAUUGUCGUUUGCCUUCCAGGCCUGAAGAAACUUGUCAAGCGCUCAAAAUUACCUACAACAACGGACCGAUCAUGCCAAUCUGGUACGGGGCUUUCAACUGGGAGUCACGCACCAUACGAGUCACAGCAAAUCACGCAGAGCUAUGCAGAGUGGGGUGUGAAGGACAGUGAGAUUGAGUUAAUUCCUGAAGGCGAGGAAUAUCUUCGUAUGCCUGAUCUGGUCUUCUUGAAGGGCCAAGACCCGUAG